AUGAUUAUUAUCCCCAUUGAUAAGAUCAUGAUUGAGAAAAAUUGUAAGGAGCAUGGAUACGAAAAUAUCAGACAACCACAGUUGAUCCAUAUCCCACAUAAAUGUAACCUCACUGUUAGAGGCGAAGUUUAUUCCAACGACGCCACUUCCGUUCAAGGAAACCCUCUACAGUUACCCGAAAUAGAUACUAUCCAGCUACAUCCUGAGAAUAACCCUAUGAAAGUUCCUGAAAGAGUAAACCUCGACGAACUAACCCGACUUCAGGACCUUGCUGAAAAAACCCAAUUACAUCGACUAGAAGCCUUAGAAGAAGACAGCACUUCUUAUACUUUAAUAUGGUUUCAGAAACUAGGUGAAGAUCUUGUAGUUCAACUGAGGGAUGGAAAAAUUCGUGGUCAUAUCUUGAAAAGCGAAAAUGGCAUUGACUUCUACGCCUUCCAAGAGAUCCCAUAUGCUGCGCCUCCAGUAGGAAGGAACAGAUUCCAGCCACCGAAACACGUAAAACCUUGGAAGGGAAUACUGAACACCACGAAGAAUACAAAAAUAUGUUAUCAAAAUUAUUCAAAACAUGGCUUAGAAAUGGAUGAAGAUUGCUUGUAUAUCAAUGUCUAUACACCUUUGAAACCCGAAAGUAGUUCUGAAAAAUUGCCAGUUCUGUUUUGGAUCCAUGGUGGAGGUAACAAACAAGGAUCUGGUGCAUACGAAUAUUUUGGACCGAAAUAUAUUAUUGACCAUAGGGUAGUGGUAGCAACCAUUAACUAUCGAUUGGGACCGAUAGGAUUCCUAACAACAGAAGAUAAAGAGAUUCCAGCUAAUAAUGGCCUCAUGGACCAAAAAUUUGCAAUGAAAUGGGUCCACCGAAAUAUACAUUUAUUCCAAGGAGAUCCAAGAAAAGUCACCAUUAUUGGUCAAAGUUCAGGUUCAGUAGAUGUAGGAACGCAUAUUUUGGGCCGUCAUAGUAAUGAAUUAGAGCUUUUCCGUUCAGCAAUUAUGCUAAGUGGUUCACCACUCGUUUUCUUUGGACAUAUGAAUUCCAGAGAAAGAGCUUUCGAAUGCGGUCGUUUCUUGGACAAAAAUUUCAAAUCAAAUAGCUCUGAGGAUCUUCUUCAAAUUCUUCAAAGAGUUUCUGCACAUUCCCUUUGUCAG